AUCCAAGUUGUGAUUGGUGACUGAAAACGCCUUCCUUCUCACGUCACAGGCACUCACCUUUCUCUCUCAUAUUCUCUCUUACUCUAUAAAUUAUAUCAUCAUCUUAGCUCCCAAACAUCAUCAUUGACAGCAUAAAUAACUAGCUAGAGCUACGCAGUUCUUUGGUGAACUGAAGAUCAUGGCUGCCAAUCUUCCUCCUGGUUUCCGAUUUUGUCCAAGUGAUGAAGAGCUUGUAGUGCAUUUUCUUCAUCGUAAAGCAGCUCUUUUACCUUGCCAUCCAGAUGUGAUCCCGGAUCUUGAUCUUCAUCCUUAUGAUCCAUGGGAACUUGAUGGUAAGGCAUUGUCGGAGGGUAAACAAUGCUACUUCUACAGCCGAAGAACACAAAACAGGAUUACUAGUAACGGGUGCUGGAAGCCAAUGGUUGGCCACGUUGAAGAACCUAUACUUGCUAGUGAGAACAACAAGCUAGUUGGGAUCAAGAAAUAUUUUAUAUUUUAUGCAGCAGAAGGCAUCAAAACUAAUUGGAUAAUGGAAGAGUACCUUCUCUCGGAACAUUGCACCUCCCAUGGCUCUUCUCCCUCUACAAAAUCAUCCAAAACCAGAGCCCGUUCAAAGCAAGAUUAUAGUAAAUGGGUUAUUUGUCGGGUCUAUGAGCGGAGUUGUGAGGAGGAGGAUGGAGGAAAGGAACUCUCAUGUCUAGACGAAGUUUUCUUAUCAUUGGAGGAUCUUGAUGAAAUAAGCUUAAAUGGGCAGAUAUCCUCACCUAACUCAUGA